GGAACAAUCAGGCAUAAUCUAGUGAUGUACGGGAUAUGGAACUUCUCUACCCAAAAGCUCAUUCGUGAGCCUGGGACUCGCCCCAGAAUUUACUCAUGACGACCCCAAUUGGUUACAAUAGAAACCAGCAGGGCGAUGGAGCAUUCUUCGCCAGGGCCCGAGGAUCUGUCUGUAAUUCUGGACGUGGCCAGCCAUUCAAUCUGACUCUUCAGGCCUCAUUUGUUGUGUGGGCCUGGGGUUCUUUGGGCCUCGCUCAUCCUCACCGACCAGUUAUGGAGCAAUGACCACCACUUUUACCACCAACUUCGGCCUCACCAGGGCUUUCGAUCGAGUGGGUGAGGGGUUUGGGCACUGCAGACUUGGCUUUGAGCAGAAACUCGGCGCAGCUGCAAAUGACAGUUACCCUGGUAAAUUCAGGUAGUGGAGCGUGCAGUGGCCGCCUAAGCGGCCUAAGACGAGACCGACUUUUGAUGUCGUACAGCUGGAGACUUUCGGAUGCAUUAGGUACCCAUCACCUGGCGCCUAAGUGAAACCAUGUUCGGAUCCAACCGCAAUGUGAGGCUGCGAGUAUUGAGUCCUUUUCCAAGGAGUCUUGACGCCCAUUGGUGGUACGCUGUAAGAUAGCCCUGGUGUGUUGCCUUUGCUUCGACUUACCAGAGGGACAGAACCAAUCUAGCGGAUUACUGGCCAACAUCUGUCGCUUAAUGAUUUGCACGUGCGACAUUGGCAGACUCAUCUUCAUCUUUGGGCUGUCAUACACAAGAACUUUGAGUACAGCAACCCGUCAUCAUGGAUCCGGAAGCGACGAAACAAGGAUCCCUACAGACUCCCGCACUUAAGGACAAACUGGCCAGCGAGACCCAUUUGCGUCGCUUCACGGAGAAUGUAUUGGACUCCAGGCAGCAGGAGAUUGAGAACCGGGAAUCAGAAAAGGGCCAGCUUGCAGAAGAGGCGGAAACUCUCAGAAGACAACUUGCCGUCACCCAGCGGCAGCUCGCAGAGGCUCAGGAUCAAAUCUUUCGUCUGCAGCCUAGGAGAAGAGAUAUCACAGAAACAGAGGCUAGAGAAGCCUACAAGGUUCUAAUUGGGAAUGUCCAGCGCUGGGUUGAAAACCGUGCUGCAUUUGCUAUUGAGGAUCUGGAAAUUGGCCGCCUUGCUGCCAGAGCAUCCUCUCCAGAAGGGCUGCGACUCGUUUCUCUUCUCAGGGAACAGUCUAGACGAUGCUUGAAUGUUACGCAAGCUGAUGAGUUUCACAUCACUGGGGUCAUUAUGAACUAUCUCCACGUUACUCUGUUCUCAAAGUCCUUUUAUUGUCCUCUCGAUGAUACGGAAGGCGACGGAACGUCGAGGUGGGUUGAUGAUCUCGAGAACACUAUGUCUCGACUGCCAAGAGAUACAGCUCAUUGUAGGGAAUGGAGAAGCGAGACGCUGACUGCUUUGACUCAUCAACCAUCUUUCAGAAUGCGCCGGCAAAGGUUUUUGAAUUUUGUUGUUGACGAUCUGACAACUUUACUGUCAAUCAUUGCCCCGAAAAGCCCUCCUGCUGAACUGCAAGGUUCUAUUCGUCGAAGCAUUGUAGAACCUGCAGCAGAUCUCGCUCAUCAGCUUCAACUGGCGCCCAGUGUAUUUUCGUUGAAGUGGCCUGCUCGCACAGCCGCGACGAGGUUGGAGGUUUACCAAUGCUUAAAUCUGGCGAAUGGAGGAGCAACUCUUGACUUGAGUGGAACCAAGGCGGCUUCUCAAGCACGCCGCGGUGUUAUAUAUCUCUUUGAUAUAGCUCCUGGGCUUUUCGUUGAGAGAGUCGAAGGUGGUAGAAAGCUCGGGUUGAAAGCAAUUGUUAAACCCACAGUUCUCGUCACCAACUCAGGUGGGGAUGUGCUCCAGGGUCCAACAAUCAUGAGUUUCCUAUGGAACAAUUCGCCAACUUCUCAAGGAACCAGUCGAAGCUCAUCAAGAACAUCAAGUUCAAGGAGGCCAGCUGGAUCUGUCAUAUCGGCAACAAGCAGACAAAGAUAUUAGUUCCUGUCUUAUAAAAUUGUGUUCUUGUAAGACGUAGAAGUCAGCAAACAGAGACUACAGCAUUCAAGGAUAAAACGAUGAAUGGAGAAGAAUAAAGCGCACGUAUGCUACUUUUUAUUGUCUGGAGGAUAUCAUAUUUGGGUAUUUUAAGGAAACUGGGCUAGAAAUGCUUUUAUCGAUACCAAUAACCACCAUAACCUUCCUGAUGAGUAACGAUUACCGGUAUACUGCGAACUCGACGGGUUGGCCGAGGAGGGAGAGGCGGUGGUGGGGCGCCAACUUCUGAUGCAGGUCGCCGCCGACCAGGAACAGGAACUUGUAGAGUGUUUCCUGGGUAAUGCGGCGCGAGUGGCCUUGGGGGAAGUGGUGGUGCUGAUGGCCGUGACUGUGAAGGCCGCCCGAGUCUCUCGGGCACAUUUGAAGCGGCAUUCCUGGCCCAGCGCUGGCCUUGAACCACCUGAGGUUGAAGGUGUGGGGGUCUUUGGCCAGGUGCCCUGUUGUUUGGCGGUGAUGAGUCUCUCCCUCUGGGCGGCGUUGCUCGCUUGACCUCACGGGCAGGUUGCUUCACCUUUUUUGCGGGAUUCGGAACUUUUCUCACAACUUUUGGCUUCGGUGGUCCGGUAGCUUUCGCGGGUCCAGUGGCUCCUUUGUCUCCUGAGGUCUGGCCAGUCGGUGCUGGAAUGAAAGGUCGGACACAGUUGCUGAUAUAGUCGUUGGUGACCCCUAAGGAUGUUGCAUCAACAAUGCCUGAGUUGAUUCUGUUGAUAUACUCCUCUUUUGGUUCGCUAUCGACAAUGUAUCUUGGACUUAUGUACACCAAGAUGUUCUGUUCCAAAUGUGGCUUGUGGUUGAUGGCCCUUCUCUG